UUACCUCCAUCAAAAUAUAUUGUUGCCGUUUCCGUGAAAUCACUGUCGCUGCCCGCCACACUUCGUAAGUGGUUAACCGUUUUCAGUGUUAUUGGCCACGGUUUACGUAUUUCGUGUAUUGUCCAYAUAAUAUCAUGUGYCCGUAAUAGGUAAAUAUAUUCAAUAACGACAUCAUUAAAUCAYAUAUCAUAUUAAUCAAAUUGUAAUGUACGCUACUAAAUAGGAGAUAAUUUUAUGUUGCAUAUAAAUUGUAAUCAUUAUGCCUUGGUGUGUUGUAAUCGGCUGUAGUAACAAUUUAAAAUCUACAAAGCUUCAUGAAAAAGAUGUGUCAUAUCACAUAUUUCCAAAAAAUCCACAACGACGUAAUGCUUGGAUGAAAAGUAUUAAACAACCAAUUAAGUUUAAUGCAGAUUCAUCUUAUGUCUGCUCUAAACAUUUUGCUCCUGAUGACUUUGAAUGUAACAGUUUAAAAGAACAAUUACUUAACAUCAAAGUUAAGAGACAACUUAAAAGAACUGCUAUUCCAUCUAUUAAUAUGUCUAAUACUUCAGAAGGAGAAAAAUUUACAAAUGAAGCCGAUAAACCAGAUACAAGUUUAAAAAAUUUAAAUCAAUCAGAGAGACAAAAAUAUUGUGCUGUUCCCAUUUGCAACAACAGUAUUGUGUAUUCUGGCUCAGAUAAGCCAAAUAGCAACGGUGAAAUUGUGUUUCACAAAUUUCCAAGCGAUACUGUAAUGUUAGAGAAAUGGUUGAAGUUCUGUAAUAUUUAURAUUCAAUUUCACAUGAAUAUCAAAAUGCUCAAAUAUGUUCAGAGCAUUUCAACAAAGACAAUUAUGAAAACAAAUAUACUGAUGAGUCAUUGCAUCCAAUAACAGUAUUGAAAAAAGAUGCAGUACCAACAUUAAAUGGUGGAAUUAAAAUUACAGACAUUAAAAAUAUUGAAGAUGAGUUAUCAAAGAGAGAGCGUAAAAAACUUGUAGAUAAAUUGUUGGCAGAUUAUGAAGAGGAACAAAAAAAUGAAAAGAAUCAUCUGAAUGGCAUGGUAACAAAGUACCCAGGUUUUUUUUCUCCAAAAAUUAAUCCAAAUGCUAAGCUUGGUGACAAAUUAAAAUUAUUAAAGUCAAUGGAUAAUCCAAUAACGUAUCCUCCUUCUAAAAAAAGGAAAAUAUCUACAACAACAAAGUUAAAUACAGAACAUUUAGAGCCAUCAUAUAAUAUUAACAAAUUAACAGAAAAAAUAAAUCAAAUGGUUCAAGUAACAGCCGUUGAAGGUGGACUUAUGUUACAUGCACUACCACAAACUGCUAAUAAUGUAUCAAGUCYCCAUUUGGAAAAGACUGUUACUGAUGAUGAAGAAGAAAUCAUCAUUGUAACAGAAGAUGAAGCUAGCCUCAUAGAUCUAUCUUCAUGUGAAGAAGAUAAAGGAAAUAACACCGAAGUGAUCAUAGUCACAGAUCCGAAAGAAACCGAAAACACCCUUAAGCAAGUAAAAAGUAUACCUAAAAAGUGUUUAUCAAAUAAYGUUUCUGAUAGUAGUAAUAAUAAGUGUAAUGUGCACAAAUUAUUGGGAAAAAAUGAAAGUUUAUGUACACCUUUGAAUACAACUAAAGUUCCACUAACUGUAGAUAAGGGAUGUCAAGUAACAAUUCCAUGCUAUGGUUGUGAAAAUAGAAGUCUUAAAAUCAAUAAACUUUUAAGAGAGAGAACAAGAUUAUUAAAAGAUCUUAAUCAAAAUAGUACAUGGAAGGAUCCAGAUGAGAUAAACACCUUAAAAAGAAUGAAUGGUGUUUUGUCCUUACUAUUGUUGCAGUGUGUUGGCGAAARAAAUGGUAAAAAGGCUCCAUCUAUACGCGUAGAUUUAGUGCAAGAUUCUAUUGAGAGAAUUGAUCGCGGAUGGUCAAUGCAAGAUACAUCGGAAACACUAUGUCAAGCCUUGAGUAUUAAUGCUUAUGACGAAUUUGCGAGAAGGUUUGAAGUGAUUAAUGAAAUAUAAUGCAAAAUGUAUCUUAUGAUAAAUUGAUCUUUAACUUUAAUUUAAUUUAUGUAUAGUGUUUACUAGACAAGUUAAUUAUUUGGUUAGUUUGCAAUGCAAAUCUUAUAAUUAUAUUUGAUUGCAGGGUAAUAAUGAUAAUUGUUAAUGUAUACAAAUAAUUUCCUAUUCAAUUACUGAAGUAUGCAUAAUAUGGUG